AAUAUGAGUUGGAUAUGGCCUCCCAGACCUUGCCUGUCUGUUGGGCCUGUCACCAGACACUCAAGUCGCUAUCAGGAGCACUUUUCACUGUCAAAGUGACUGGCCUUUGUCACAGAAUUCCGUGUUAUAAAGGGAGGGUACAAAGGAUCCAAUGCAGUCAGCUGAGCCGGCCCCACUCCUUGGCAGAGGUGGUGGGCAGAGGCUUGCUUAGCGGCGGCGGGCUCCACAUGGGGAACACCAUCCGGGCCCUAGUGGCCUUCAUCCCCACGGACCGCUGCCAGAAUUACGUGGUGGGAGACCUCCGGGAGAUGCCGCUGGACCGGAUGGUAGAUCUGAGCGGGAGCCAGCUGCGUCGCUUCCCACUCCAUGUGUGCUCCUUCACCGAGCUGGUAAAGCUCUAUCUGAGCGACAACCACCUCCAGAGCCUGCCUCCAGACCUGGCGCAGCUGCAGAACCUGCAGAUCCUGGCCUUGGAUUUCAACAACUUCAAAGCCCUUCCCCGGGUGGUGUGCACCUUGAAACAGCUCUGCAUCCUCUACCUGGGCAAUAACAAACUCUGUGACCUUCCAGAUGAGCUCAGCCUGCUCCAGAACCUCCGUACCCUGUGGCUUGAGGACAACUGCCUCACCCAGCUGCCAGAUGUGGUGUGUGAGCUGAGCCUCCUAAGGACCCUGCAUGCGGGGUCCAACGCCCUAAGGCUGCUGCCUAGCCAGCUCCGGCGCCUACGGGAGCUCAGGACCAUCUGGCUCUCAGGCAACCAGCUCACUGACUUCCCCCCUGUGCUGCUUCGCAUGCCCUUCCUGGAGGUGAUCGACGUGGACCGGAACAGUAUCCGCUACUUCCCCAACCUGGCCCACUUGACUAAUCUGAAACUGGUCAUCUAUGACCACAAUCCUUGCAGAAAUGCCCCCAAGGUGGGCAAAGGGGUGCGCCGUGUUGGGAGAUGGGCAGAUGAGACGCCAGAGCCUCAGCUCAGAAAAGCUAGGCGAUAUGCACUGGCCCAGGAAGAAAGUCAAGAGCCACCCGCUCCCCUUCUUCCUCCCAGCUCCUGAACAGCCUCAGUUGUAAGCCAGUUAAGGAUGGCCCAAUUGAAGACUUCUCAUUAGAGUGGAAAGAGUCCCGGAUCAUCUCAUGUAAAGGAAUACUGAGAAGAAAACAUUUCCGGUCCGCUGCACCUCUUCCUAGGGGAAGGUGUGGACUGCCGGGCCUGGAAGCCAGUGAUUGCCACUCCUGAAGCAGCUUCUUCAAAUAAGCUACUUUGAAACACUGAAGAGGAAGAAGGGCCAGGGCCUUGGGCCUCUUCCACUAUGCAGAAAUGGCUGGCCAUGAGGUUGGUGAGUGCUUCGAGCGUGGUAUUUGGUAAUAAAGAAAAC